AUGCGUCGUGAUGUCCUAGUGAUUGCAGUAGUAGCCGGCCUUGCUUAUGCAAAUGACCCGGCCCCGGUGUCAUUUGAUGCCGGAGACUGGCUUGGGAUCGAUGGUAACUGGUCAACCAUCAAAGUCUUGCUGGGUUCAAGCUCGGAUCUCGUCAAUGUUCUCUUGAGCACGUCACUUUCCGAAUUUUGGGCCGUUGGACCUGGAGGCUGUUUAAAAAGUACGUCUCCAUCUCGACUUGAUCGGGUCCCUCCAUUACUCGCAAGAAGUCUCCCCGGAGCAGGCCAUAAACGUCCAUCCAUCAACCAAGGAGCUGACUCGGGCCUCAUAGAGGAACCGCAUUGCACCGCUGCUCGCGGUGGCAUUUACACUCCGUUUGGAUCUAAACAUUGGUCGUCUAUGGGAAUUUGGCAACUUGGCUUGGAUUACUUGGGUUAUGGUGGAAACGGCCAAUAUGGGUUGGAUACAGUCAACGCAUACAGCACAAUUACCGACAUUGGAUUCGGCAUGUCCAACGUUCUCAUGUCCGCCAUCAACACAACAGACUAUUAUUUGGGUUUCUUUGGCCUCGGUAUUACACAGGGCAAUUUUGGUCACGAAGUUGCUCAAUCACCUUUAACACAAGCCGUCCAUACCUUUGGAUGGAUUCCUAGUUAUAGCUAUGGCUAUACUGCGGGUGCCUCCUAUCGAAAUAUGCCCGUAUCGAUUACCUUGGGCGGCUAUGAUACAGCUAGAUACGUGCCGCACAGCAUCGACUUCACCUUGACUCCACAGGACAACAUGCCUCGCGCCCUAAUUAGAGGCAUCGAAGCAACUGUGAAUAACAGCGCCGCUAAGCCCAAGAAGUGGCCGUCCGAAACAACAAGCCUUUCAGGAUGGAAUAACUCAUUUACGGCCCUGAUUGAUAGCACCACUCCAUACUUGUGGUUACCCAAUGCCGUCUGUGACGAGUUUGCAAGUGCCUUCAACUUGACGUAUAACAAGACAUUUGAUCUAUAUACCCUUACCAACGAACAGUACAAUAGCUACGGCUCGUCCGACUCUUUUACUUUUGUCUUUAGCUUUUCGAGCUUUGACAACCAUGACAAUUUUGGAUCUCCUUUGGAUGUUCCGGGCUUGGUGAACAUCACUGUGCCAAUGCGAGCAUUCGUCAGCCUCUUGCAAUACCCUUUUAUGCACCAGGCCAUCAAAUAUGGAGACCCGGCUGUUCCAUAUUUUGCGCUGCGGAGGUCUGAAAAUGAUUCCGCAAUCAUCAUCGGCCGAUCGUUUCUGCAGGAAGCCUAUUUAAUAACCAAAUACGACGAGGCCGUGUUCUCAGUUCAUCAGGCCAAAUUUCCUCAGGAACCUAUAGCUGACGCAAAUCUGAUUCCAAUCAAACAACCAAAUAAUAGCCCUUAUCCUGCACCGCCGAAACAGACAGGUAGCAGACUAAACACAGGGCAAAUGGUUGGCAUUGCCGUUGGCGCCAUUCUACUAUGCUUAUUCUGUCUUGUGAGCAUUUGCUAUCUCUGCCGCCGAAGAAAAUCACAGGAGAAGGGCGAGGAGGCCAAGGAAACCAAAGACAGCGCAUCAACGAUAGUUCCAGACACGCCAAGGAUACUGAAGCCUGCCUUAUUUUACAAAUUGACACGUCGCAAAAGGGUGCAAAGCGACGUGACUAAGUCCGCCACGACUGCCGUUCUCUCUCAUUGUAUGGAGGCCCCCGAUUCUGAAAUUUACGAACUUCCAGCCCCAAUGGCUCCCGUGGAACUUGAUACUAGCGAUGGAGAAGACGACGGUUCAAUAAUUUGUGACACUGUUCCAGGCACAGAAACCAUCAGGAGCCUCAGCGCAUAUGAAGUAGCGAAGAGGAAGAUUGACCGACAGCUUCAGGGGCCUGUUCCCGAAUACUCACCACCGCAGCUAGGGAUUGUGCUGCCUCAAGAAAAGCCGAUUUCACAUAAUAUCGGCUCAGUGUAUGCGACCUGGAGCGGAGAGACAACUCCUGUCUCGCCAAUCAAAACUGGAUCGGGAACCGGCUCGCUUCCAACAUCGCUACCCUCACCAAUUUCAUCUGGGUCGGGAUACAAUAGCCUGGCAAGUCCGAUUGUUGCGGCUCAGCUAUCAGACGGUAGCUCAAGAGAUAUGGACAUGCAGAAUGACGAGGAUGAUACGCAACUGGAGACUGAUGGGUCAAACUCCCAACACGUGGAGAUUCAGGACCACAGUUCUUCUUCAAUGGCGUGCCAAAAGACUCCAAUUGACCCAACAAACAUUGUCUGUUUGGGCAACCUCCCGGACAAUCUCAAAUCGCUCAGACAUAGCAUCAUGUUGGCGCAAAUCGUGAGCCAAGAGAACCGCGACAGUAUCAGUAGUUUUACACCUCGCUUCAAGGCCGAAUUCCAUCUUUCCGAGCAGAGUCUAGGGAGCAAUUAUACCGAUGAGGAGGAACGAAUUAUGGGUGAAAUGACGCGACAAGCUACCUUCUCCCUUGCCCGGUCAAAGGGGGAGGAAUCCUCGGUCGAGUCUACCGGAGAACACAGGAAAGAUGACUCCUUCAACUCAGAGGCAAAUAGUCCCCAUUCCUCACGAGGAGAGGAACGAAUAGAUGGAAAUGAACUCAUUCAUGUCCCGCAGAUGGCAGAGAAGCGAUAUAGCUGGGAAGAUUGA